AGCAUCUCUCUCUUUAGCUCUGUGAAUUUAUAGAAGAGCAGAUGCUUGUGAGCUAUCUGGAGGAGCUAGCAGGCCUCUGUGCAUGUGAUGAUAGCAGAAGGCGGAUAAGAAGAAAGAGAAGGGAAGCUUGAAGAGAAUGGGCUGUAUAUGGACCAUCUUCAUGCAUGCAGACAUGGUUGACAUGUGCUUAAUGUCCUUAGGUUUCCUUGGAGCUGUUGGAGAUGGGCUCUCCCUGCCCAUAAUGCUCGCCAUAACCAGCAAGGCCAUGAACAAUCUCGGCGUUGGCCCUUCCACCGAUCCCUCAUCAUUCACCCACCAGAUAUCUCAGGAUUGCAUGGAACUGUUGUACAUGGCCUGCGGCACGUGGGCGGCUUCUUUUUUAGAGGGAUAUUGUUGGACGCGGACUGGUGAGAGGCAGGCCUCAAGAAUGAGGGCGAGGUACUUGAAGGGGGUGCUACGGCAGGACGUCGGCUACUUUGAUCUCAAGGUGUCAUCCACUUCGGAAGUGGUGACCAACGUUUCAAGCGACACUCUGGUCGUCCAAGAUGUGCUCGGCGAGAAGGUUCCUAAUCUUAUAGCACAACUAUCAACAUUCGUGGGAGGUUAUGUGGUGGCGUUUUUGCUGCAAUGGAGGCUGGCUUUGGUGGCAUUUCCUCUUGUAGUGUUGCUGGUAAUACCAGGAUUCACGUAUGGGAGGAUACUAAUGGGACUGGCGAGGAAGACGGGGGAGGAGUACAAGAAGGCAGCAGCAGUUGCAGAGCAGGCGGUUUCCGCUGUAAGGACGGUUUACUCUUUUGUAGGGGAGGAGAGGACCUUGACCCAGUACGCCAGGACGCUGGAUGGGACGGUGAAGCUGGGGCUCAAGCAAGGCCUGGCGAAGGGCAUGGCCAUUGGAAGUAACGCCAUCAACUUUGCUAUAUGGUCCUUCGUUGCCUGGUAUGGCAGCAGGCUGGUCAUGUACCAUGGUGCUCAGGGAGGGACUGUCUUUGCAGUUGGUGCUUCCAUUGCAGUUGGGGGCAUUGCACUCGGCACGGGCCUUUCAAAUUUCAAGUAUAUAUCAGAGGCAUGCUCGGCAGGCGAAAGGAUCAUGGAGGUGAUCAGAAGAACUCCAGAGAUCGAUUCAGACAGCUUGGAAGGUCUGGUUCUUAAGGAUGUGGACGGUGAGAUUGAAUUUAAGAACGUUGAGUUUGCCUAUCCUUCACGGUCAGCAACACCAGUAUUUCAUGGUCUCUCUCUCAUGGUGCCCGCCGGCGAGACACUCGCAUUGGUUGGUGGCAGCGGGUCUGGAAAGUCUACUGUGAUUUCACUGCUUGAGAGGUUCUAUGACCCACUUGGUGGAGACAUCUUGCUUGAUGGGUUCAGCAUCAAGAAGCUGCAACUCAAGUGGCUCAGAUCACAGAUGGGCUUGGUGAGCCAAGAGCCCUCCCUCUUCGCAACUUCUAUCAAAGAGAACAUCCUUUUUGGUAAGGAAGAUGCUACCAUGGAGGAAGUUGAAGCAGCAGCCAGGGCUUCCAAUGCCCACACUUUCAUCUCACAAUUGCCACAAGGAUAUGAUACCCAAGUUGGAGAGAGAGGUAUACAAUUGUCUGGCGGCCAAAAACAAAGGAUUGCUAUUGCCAGAGCCAUUAUCAAGUCACCCCAAAUCCUUCUCUUGGACGAGGCAACAAGUGCUCUAGAUUCAGAAUCAGAGAGGGUAGUCCAGGCAGCCUUGGAUCAAGCACGGCUAGGAAGGACCACUAUAGUGAUUGCGCAUCGACUCUCUACAAUCCGCAAUGCAGACACAAUAGCAGUACUACAAGAAGGAAAGGUGAUAGAAAUUGGAGCCCAUGACUCAUUAAUGCAACUUAAGAAUGGAGCAUACUCUUCAAUGGUGAGACUCCAACAGAUGAAGAACAAAGAGGAAGAGCAACAUAGCACACUGGCACAAGAGAGUAUGACAGUUGCAACUAGUGAUUGUAUGAGUAAUAGGGCGCAAAAUUGUAGGCCGACCUCACUAAGUUCAAUCACAGUAUCAGACAAAGCAAGCCAAGUUGUGGCUAGAGCUAGUGAGCCUACAGCGGUGCCUUCAUUUGGGAAAUUGUUGCUUAUGAAUAAGCCCGAGUGGAAGGAGGCCAUCGUUGGUUGUGCUUGUGCUAUUGCAAUUGGAGCCAUACAACCUGUUUACUCCUUUGCAAAGGGCACCAUGAUAUCCAUAUACUUCCUCCAUGAUCAUCAAGAGAUCCAGUCCAAGGUUAGGAUAUAUACGGUGGUCUUCCUUUCCUUGGCUAUCUUGUGCUUCCUGGUCAACAUACUUCAGCAUUACAAUUUUGCUAUUAUGGGCGAGCAUCUAACUAAACGGAUCCGUGAGCGCAUGCUCUCAAAGAUGCUUACCUUCGAGAUCGGUUGGUUUGAUCAAGAGAAGAACUCUACCGGAGUCAUCUGCUCAAAGCUAGCCAAAGAUGCCAAUGUGGUAAGGUCUCUAGUGGGAGACAGAAUGGCCCUUCUAGUUCAAACCACCUCUGCUGUAGCCAUAGCAUGCACCAUGGGCUUGGUCAUAGCAUGGCGCUUUGCAAUUGUUAUGAUAGCAGCCCAGCCCCUAGUCAUACUGUGCUUCUAUGCCAGACGUGUUCUGCUCAAGAAUAUGUCAGCAAAGGCGAACAAAUCACAGGAUGAGAGUUGCAAGAUAGCAGCAGAGGCAGUGUCCAAUCUUCGCACUGUGGCGGCCUUCUCUUCACAAGAUCGAAUUCUUCACAUGUUCGAGCUUGCACAAGAAGGGCCAAGGAGAGAGAAUGUGAAACAAUCUUGGUAUGCCGGCCUCGGACUUAGCGUGACGCAAAGCUUGGUGGCUUGCACCUGGGCCCUGGACUUUUGGUAUGGAGGUUGGCUCAUUGCUCAUGGCUACAUUAGUGCCAAGCAACUCUUUGAGACCUUCAUGGUCCUAGUUCGGACAGGGAAGAUCAUAGCUGAUGCUGGGACAAUGACCUCAGACCUAGCCAAGGGUUCAGAUGCAAUCAGGACCGUCUUCACGAUCCUAGAUCGGUACACUGACAUUGAACCCGAUGACCCUGACGGGUACAAGGUCAGUAAGCUUGAAGGCCAUAUUGAGCUAAAGGAAGUAGACUUUGCAUACCCGUCUAGACCAGAUGCCUUGAUCUUUAAGUCCUUUUCCCUGAGCCUAGAAGCCGGAAAAUCUACUGCUCUGGUCGGAAAAAGUGGCUCGGGAAAGUCGACUAUCGUUGCCCUCAUAGAGAGAUUCUAUGACCCAAUCACAGGAACGGUUGAAAUUGAUGGCAGAGACAUAAGGUCAUACAAUCUCAGGUCACUGAGGAAACACAUAGCAUUAGUUUGCCAAGAGCCCAUCCUCUUGGCUGGGACCAUAAGAGAGAACAUAUCUUAUGGCCGGGAGAAUGCAAGUGAGGCCGAGAUAGUAGACGCAGCCCGUGCUGCAAAUGCACAUGAAUUCAUUGGGACACUAAAGGAAGGCUAUGAUACGUGGUGCGGCGACUACGGAUUGCAGUUAUCAGGGGGCCAAAAGCAGAGGAUAGCCAUUGCGAGGGCCAUACUAAAGAACCCGGGCAUAUUGUUACUAGACGAGGCUACUAGUGCGCUGGACAGCCAAUCGGAGAAGGCAGUGCAAGAGGCCCUUGAUCGAGUCAUGGCGGCCCGGACUAGCGUGGUCGUGGCCCACCGGCUUGCCACUGUCCAGAAUUGUGAUGCCAUAGUUGUGCUAGAGAAUGGGCAUGCUGUCGAGAAAGGGACUCACAAUGCCCUAUUAUCUGAAGGUGGGUCCUAUUCUUGCCUUGUUAAACUGCAAAACUGCACAGAUAGUCGGGAGUGAUAAACAGCAUGGCAUAAGCAUCGUAGAUUAUAUAUCAAUGCUACGCAAGGACAGGACCAGAAUCCGGUUGGGAUGGUCAUUGUAGUAUGCCCGGACUUCUUAACUUUCUUUGAUGGUUCAGAAAUAUUUGCUAAUUUACUUGUAUUUCUUAUGUUGUUUGUCAUUAGUCCUUUUGCAUCAAUGAAAUCGACUU